AUGUUUAGCGACCAGCCCAUGCGAGCCAGUCUCCAGGUGGCUCCUCUUACCAUCGCCAAAUCACGAACUGAAUCAUCUGGAGAUGCUUCAUCGACCUCAGAAAACGACAACACUCUCUACUCACAAUCACAAAUGACACCCCCCGCUACACCAAAUGGCUCGCAGGAGGAUCUCUCACCUUCACCUCAGUACAUCCCUCCCCAAGUCUUCCACAACUUCCUGCGAGCCUUCUACCCUUUCAACCCCAGUUAUGUCAUGUCCGACUCGAGUGUGACAUUACCUCUUAACGAGGGUGAUGUGAUUCUCGUGCACUCUAUUCACACCAAUGGAUGGGCUGAUGGUACAUUACUUGUCUCGGGUGCCCGAGGAUGGUUACCGACCAACUACUGCGAGGCUUACGAGCCUGAUGACAUGUGCAACUUGUUAAAGGCUCUCUUGAACUUUUGGGAUCUGCUUCGAAGCACAUCAGUCAAUGACAAGGAGAUCUUUGGCAACCAGGAGUUCAUGAAGGGCAUUAUUGCGGGUGUUCGAUUCCUAUUGGAACGAACAAACUGUCUCAACCGAGAAUCUACCUUUAUUCAAAGGAACGAUGCUCUGCGCAAGUGCCGCAAGUCUCUUCUCUCUGAACUAUCAUCCCUAGUCAAGACAGCCAAGCGAUUGCAAGAGACACAACGUCUCGAAAUCGCUCCCGUUGAAGAUGUGAAUGAUAUCAUCGACGAGAUGAUUCUCAAAGCCUUUAGAAUUGUAACAAAGGGAGUUCGCUUUAUGGAUGUGCUCGAGGAUGACCGAAGGGCACGUGCGCCUUCAGCUGUUACUGUUAUGGAUACAGUGCUCGAAGAAUCAUACGUGCCGCCAACACCACCCGCUGAUCAGUCUUCCUUUGAUGAACAAAGCCAACGCAGCACAAGCAUAAAUGACACAGAUUCCCAAGCUGCUGCCAGUGUCGCUGCCUCUGAAUCGAGCGAGACAACUCAAACAUCAACGUCCAUCUUCAACAAGCGAUUAUCGUCACUUAGUGGUCGUACUGGCCCGAGCUCUCACAGGUUGUCUCAGGGAAGCCUUUCGCAAGCCCAAGCUCAAGCUCACCGCCUGUCCGCCACUAUUUCGCACCGAGUGUCUCUUGCUGGCCCAUCUUCAGUGUCGAGAGCCCAUCAUCUAGUUACUGAGCGCCUGAACCGCAGCCACGAUACGUUCCUGUCUCAUCUGGGAUCUUUCAUUGGUCGCCUGCAUCUUCAAUCACAGUCGCGCCCCGAGCUCGCAUCAGCGAUCCGUCAGUCUGCACUUUCAGGUGGAGAAUUGCUUGCAGUAAUCGACGGCGUCUAUGACCACAUCAACUCCAGCUCUGAGGCUCUUGCCCGAGCUCGAUCCACCAUGUUCGCCCGAAUCCAAGAUCUAGUCUUUUCUGCCCGCGAUACCCUUGUCAGCGCUGCCUCUGAAGAUGCCGAUUUAAUUAUGCCCCAUGACAACACAAUGCUCCUCGCAUCCGCUACGGGCUGCGUUAGGGCCGCUGGAGAUUGCGUUGCCAAGGCAAAAUCCGCUAUCGAGCGCAUUGGCGAUUUUGAAUUCGAGCUCGAGACUAGCAGCCUUGGAAUUGAUCUCAGCAUUCUAGAUAUCGAUACCGAGGAGCGAGCUAGGACCCCAUCUGUUUCAGAACACAAUGACGCUGUCAGCGUUGCCGGUUCCAACCGAACCUCCAACUCAUCUAACGGACAUGCUCGUCGCCUCACUGUUGUCGCAAUUGAUAAGCCUCUUCCUGAGGUUCCCCAGGUGACCACACCUACUGAUGAACAGACCGUUCAUCCUUCACCCACCUCUUCUCGACGGUCGUCAGUUGCCGAUGACAACGUCUCCAGCGUUGCAUCCUCCAUCUCCUCCCUACGACCUUCUCUCCCUCCCCUUCCCAAGCUUUCUACCACUCUCCUUGCCAACGAGGAAUACAGUCCUGUCGAUAACAAUGACAACGACUUCAACUCCUCUUCUCGGUUCGACAGUAUGGUUGCUUCCAGCGCUGGUAGCAGUGCCACCUACCUCAGCCGUGACUCUGAGGUCAGCAUUGUUUCGCAAUCUUCCACUCGAGCUACCACUCCUGAGCAGAACCUUGCCCCUCAGAAGCAGCCUUCGCUGUCGAAUUUGAGCAAUGGUGGAAGCUCGGAGGAUGUCGAUGUCGAGUCAAGACUUAUGGAGAAGACCUUUGCCCACGAGCUCAUGUUCAACAAGGAGGGCCAGGUUACUGGCGGCUCUCUCCCCGCUCUUGUCGAGCGUCUCACAACCCACGAAUCUACUCCUGAUGCCAUGUUUGUUUCUACCUUCUAUCUCACCUUCCGCCUCUUCUGCACACCGGUCCGACUGGCUGAAGCGCUUAUUGAGCGAUAUGACUAUGUCAAUGACUCUCCUCAUGUGGCUGGACCUGUCCGUUUGAGAGUAUACAAUGCUUUCAAGGGCUGGCUCGAGUCCCACUGGAGGGAUGAGACCGAUCGCGAUGCUCUUGACUUGAUCAUCCCCUUUGCUGAACACAAGCUGGCGUCCUCUCUGCCUUCUGCUGGUCGACGUCUGUUUGAGCUUGCUCAGCGUGUCUCAGGCGAGGGUUCUCUGGUGCCCCGACUUGUCUCCUCAAUGGGCAAGACCAAUACCUCCAUUGCUCAAUACGUGCCAGCUGACACUCCUUUGCCCAUUCCUGCCAUCACCAAGGGCCAGCUCAACCUUCUCUCUGCUUUCAAGAUGGGCGCCGCUCAGCCAAGCAUUCUUGACUUUGACCCUCUCGAGUUGGCUCGCCAGUUGACCAUCAAGCAAAUGAACAUCUUCUCUUCCAUCCUUCCUGAGGAGCUUCUUGCUUCUCAGUGGAUGAAGAAUGGUGGCGUCGCCGCUCCCAAUGUCAAGGCUAUGUCCUCUCUGUCAACUGAUCUUUCCAACCUCGUCGCUGAGACUAUCCUCCAGCAGCAAGAGGUCAAGAAGCGUGCUCAGGUUAUCAAGCAAUGGAUCAAGAUUGCUCACCAGUGUCUUGAGCUCCACAACUACGACGGUCUUAUGGCUAUCAUCUGCAGUCUCAACAGCAGCACUAUCAGUCGCCUCCGAAAGACUUGGGAUGCCAUCUCCACGAAGCGCAAGGACAUGCUCCAGAACCUCCAGGAUCUGGUCGAGCCCUCUCAGAACAACAAGGUCUUGCGAACAAGACUCCACGACCACGUUCCUCCUUGCCUGCCUUUCCUUGGCAUGUACUUGACCGACUUGACAUUUGUCGACAUUGGCAACCCUGCCACCAAGCAAAUGUGUCUCGGCCCUGAGUCUGAGGAGGAUGGCAACGGUGGCAUCACUGUUGUCAACUUUGACAAGCAUACUCGCACUGCCAAGAUCAUUGGAGAGCUUCAGCGAUUCCAAAUCCCGUACAGACUUACUGAGGUGCCUGAUAUGCAGGACUGGAUGUCCUCUCAGAUCAGCCAUCUCCGUGAUAGUGAGGAGGGCAAUGUCCAAGUCACCUACUACCGCAAGAGUCUCCUCCUCGAGCCUCGCGAGACUGCUAGCCGACCUCCAGUUGACUCCUCCGCUGCCUCCAUCGUUGGCGUUGGAGGUGGUCGCCCCGACCUCUUCAGCUGGAUCUCCCGCGACCGAGGCACCUCAACACCAACUCCUACCCAGAUAUAAGAUUCUGCUUAUCGCAUCAGAUCCUUACUGGACUGAACAGCAAUUUACCUUCACCAUUAUCACACGCACAUAUUACCUCCCACCAGUAACUACUUCAUCUUUGAUACCC